AUGCAAACGAAGUAUAUGACAGGUUGUGAAAAUUAUUUUCUCUUGCUGUACCACAGACAUAAGAAUCAAAGUGCUUAUUUUGAUUACUGGCUUUUCUUUCUGUUUUCUUUCUCCCUUUUCCUUCUUGUAGAUAGGAUGGCUAAUAAUACAAGUUUAGGAAGUCCAUGGCCAGAAAACUUUUGGGAAAAUCUAAUAACGUCCUUCACCGUGUCCAUGGCAAUUGGGCUCGUAAUUGGAGGACUGAUUUGGGCUCUUUUGGUUUGUUUGUCUCGAAGAAGAGCCAGUGCCCCCAUCUCCCAAUGGAGUUCCAAUCGCCGACUAAGGUCUUCCUACACCCAUGGCCUCAACAGAACUGGAUUUUAUCGCCACAGUGGCUGUGAACGGCGGAGUAACCUUAGCUUGGCCAGUCUCACAUUCCAGAGACAAGCUUCCAUGGACCAAGCCAAUUCUUUUCCAAGAAAAUCAAGCUUCAGGGCUUCAACAUUCCAUCCAUUUUUGCAAAGUCCACCACUGCCUGUGGAAACUGACAGCCAACUGAUGGCCCUCCCUACGUCCAACAUCUCCUCCUCCGUCCACAGUUUGGGCCGACCCGAUUUUCACUGGUCCAGCAACAAUCUGAGACUUGACAUUUCAACGCCUCCUCCACCCGCCUAUGAGUCUAUCAUAAAGGCCUUUCCAGAUUCCUGAAUUAGGGGGCUUCAUAUUGUAUUAUUUCUAAAUUUCUUGUAUUUUUUUAAAGAAAACCAUAACAGAGUAAAAUAUCAUUUUGAUGUCAUGGUUCAAAUACAAUGCCAAGCUAAAACAAUACUGAUGCAAGCUGGAC